GGUGAUAAUGUUGGUGAUGGUGUGGUGGUGAUGGUGUGAUGGUGGUGAUAAUGUUGGUGAUGGUGUGGUGGUGAUGGUGUGGUGGUGGUGAUGUGGUUGGUGAUUCUGAUUAUAAUGGUGGUGAUGAUGAUGUGGUGGUGAUUGUAGUGGUGUUGGUGGUGAUGGUGGUGAUGGCGUGGUGGUGGUGAUUGUGGUGAUAAUGGUGUGGUGGUGAUGUGGUUGUUGGCGAUUGUAGUGGUGGAGAUUGUGGUGGUAAUGAUGAUGAUGAUGGUGGUGAUGAUGUGGUUGUUGGUGAUUGUGGUGGUAAUGAUGAUGAUGGUGGUGGUGGUGUGGUGGUGAUGGUGGUGAUGAUGAUGGUGGUAGUGAUUGUGGUGGUGAUGAUGGUGAUGAUGAUGGUGGUGAUGGUGAUGAUGUGGUUGUUGGCGAUUGUAGUGAUGGUGGUGGUGAUUGUGGUGAUGAUGAUGGUGUGGUGGUGAUGGUGAUGUGGUGGUGAUGAUGUUGAUGAUGUGGUUGGUGGUAGCGGUGGUGAUAGUGAUAGUGGUGGUGUGGUGAUAGUGGUGAUGAUGAUGGUAGUGAUGAUGUUGAUGAUGUGGUUGGUGGUGGUGAUGGUGUGGUGAUAGUGGUGAUGAUGGUGUGGUGGUGAUGAUGAUGGUGGUGAUAGUGGUGAUGGUUGUCGGUAGUGGUCUCAUCGUUCUCUGCGUCAAUCUCCUCUUGCUAUGCUUCUCUUUAUAAGUGUGUGGUGCUGCUGGAGGCUGGGCCCGCGCUGGGGGGCUGGGUGCGAUCGUCGCGCUCCCCACACGGGGCGGUGAGCGAACUCGGCCCGCGGAGCGUGAGGCCCAACGGACUCGUCGGGGGCAACACCCUGCGCAUGCUCUCCGAUCUGGGCCUCUCCGACUCGGUGCUCCCAGUGACACGAGCGUCUCCAGCCGCCAAGAACCGCUUCGUGUUCACGGGGGGCACCCUGCACCCCCUCCCCAACUCGCUGUGGGCUGCCCUGAGCCGGCGGCCCCCCUUCUCGCGCCCCCUGGCGUGGCACGUGCUGCGGGAGCCGUUCGUCCGCGGGGGCGGCGAUGGCAGCGGUGGCGACGACUUCAGCGUGGACACGCUGGCCCGGCACAGGCUCGGGGACGAGCUGGCGGACUGGCUGCUGGACCCGCUGUGCCGCGGCGUGUUUGCCGGCGACAGCCGCCGGCUGAGCGUGCGCUCCUGCUUCCCGGCGCUCUACCGCGCCGUCACCCUUCACGGCUCCAUCGUGGGCGGCUCGCUCCUCUCCCGAGAGCCAGACGACCCGGCCAUCUCGUCCAACGAGCUCGUCAAGAGGUCCCGGCGGGAGCGGUGGGCCAUGUGGUCCCUGCGCGAAGGCAUGGGCAGCCUGCCCAAUGCCCUGGGGGCAUUCCUGGAAGGCAGGGGCGUCGAGGUGCUCACCAACGCAGCUGUGCGGCGGAUCGACUUUACGGGCGACCGCAGAGCCACGGUGGAAUUUGACGGUGAUACAAUUACAGUGGACCACAUAAUUAGCACAUUACCUGCAAGAGCCCUGUCCCCGCUGCUGCCCGCUGACCUGUCCGCGCUGCGGGAGGAUCUGCGCCGUAUCCGCUCCGUCACUGUGGCUGUGGUGAACCUGGAGUACCCAGGCAGAGUACUCCCCGUGCAGGGGUUUGGACAUCUCCUCCCAUCGUCCGAGUCCGGCCCGGUGCUGGGCGUCGUGUACGACAGCGCACUCUUCCCCGAGCACGACCGGCGCGACGCAGAGAGCACACGGCUCACGGUGAUGCUGGGGGGUGCGUGGUUCGAGGAGGCGUACGGGGGUCUGGGUGCGGGCGAGGGGGAGCUGGAGUCGCUGCUGGCGGACGCGGCGGAGGGAGCCGUGAGGUCCCAGCUCGGGGUGGACGUGCGGCCUGCGAGCACCACCGUCAGCCUCAACCAGGACUGCAUUCCUCAAUACGAAGUCGGACACUGGAAAAUCAUGGAGAGGAUCGCGGGGGAGGUGGGGUCCCGGCGUCUGCCGCUGAGUCUCACCGGCGCCUCCUUCAACGGCGUCUCCAUCAACGACUGCGUCUUCAACGCGGCGGCGGCCGUCGCCACGCUCCUCCGGACGCACGCGUGAACCCCCUCUCACGAGUGCCACACCGGAGUGGGGGGGGUGUGGGGGGUGGGGGGGCGGAGGUGGGGGGGGGCGAAGAUUGGGGUGGGGGGCCUGUGUGUAACCCGUACUCGGAUUCAGGAUCGGUGUCUUGAGUUGUGGACUGGGUCUCACGAUUGGAGUCUUGAGACCGGGUCUCAACUCAAGACACUGAUCCUGAAGUCAAGACACUGAUCAGAGUCUUGAGUUGAGACUGCGUUUCAGGGUCAGAGUCUUGAGUUGAGACCGGGUCUCAGGAUCAGAGUCUUGAGUUGAGACCGGGUCUCAGGGUCAGAGUCUUGAGUUGAGACCGGGUCUCAGGAUCAGAGUAUUGAGUUGAGACUGCGUUUCAGGAUCAGUCUUGAGUUGAGACCGGGUCUCAGGGUCAGAGUCUUGAGUUGAGACUGGGUCUCAGGAUCAGAGUCUUGAGUUGAGACUGCGUUUCAGGAUCAGAGUCUUGAGUUGAGACCGGGUCUCAGGGUCAGAGUCUUGAGUUGAGACUGGGUCUCAGGAUCAGAGUCUUGAGUUGAGACCGAGUCUCAGGAUCGGAGUCCUGAGUUGAGACCGGGUCUCAGGAUCAGAGUCUUGAGUUGAGACCGGGUCUCAGGAUUAGUGUCUUGAGUUGAGACCGGGUCUCAGGGUCAGUGUCUAGAGUAGAGACCGGGUCUCAGGGUCAGAGUCUUGAGUUGAGACCGGGUCUCAGGGUCAGAGUCUUGAGUUGAGACUGGGUCUCAGGGUCAAGAGUCUUGAGUUGAGACCGGAUCUCAGGGUCAGAGUCUUGAGUUGAGACUGGGUCUCAGGAUCAGAGUCUUGAGUUGAGACCGGGUCUCAACUCAAGACACUGAUCCUGAACUCAAGACACUGAUCAGAGUCUUGAGUUGAGACCGGGUCUCAGGGUCAGAGUCUUGAGUUGAGACCGGGUCUCAGGGUCAGAGUCUUGAGAUGAGACUGGGUCUCAGGAUCAGAGUCUUGAGUUGAGACUGCGUUUCAGGAUCAGAGUCUUGAGUUGAGACUGGGUCUCAGGAUCAGAGUCUUGAGUUGAGACUGCGUUUCAGGAUCAGAGUCUUGAGUAGAGACUGGGUCUCAGGGUCAGAGUCUUGAGUUGAGACUGCGUUUCAGGAUCAGAGUCUUGAGUUGAGACCGAGUCUCAGGAUCGGAGUCCUGAGUUGAGACUGGGUCUCAGGGUCAGAGUCUUGAGUUGAGACCGGGUCUCAGGAUCAGAGUCUUGAGUUUAGACCGGGUCUCAGGAUCAGAGUCUUGAGUUGAGACUGGGUCUCAGGGUCAGAGUCUUGAGUUGAGACCGGGUCUCAGGAUCAGAGUCUUGAGUUGAGACUGGGUCUCAGGAUCAGAGUCUUGAGUUGAGACUGGGUCUCAGGGUCAAGAGUCUUGAGUUGAGACCGGGUCUCAGGGUCAGAGUCUUGAGUUGAGACUGGGUCUCAGGGUCAAGAGUCUUGAGUUGAGACCGGGUCUCAGGGUCAGAGUCUUGAGUUGAGACCGGGUCUCAGGGUCAGUCUUGAGUUGAGACUGCGUUUCAGUAUUAGAGUCUUGAGUUGAGACUGCGUUUCAGGAUCAAAGUCUUGAGUUGAGACUGCGUUUCAGGGUCAGAGUCUUUAGUUGAGACCGGGUCUCAGGGUCAGAGUCGUGGGUUGAGACUGCAUUUCAGGAUCAGAGUCUUGGGUUGAGACUGCAUUUCAGGAUCAGUGUCUUGAGUUGAGACUGCAUUUCAGGAUCAGAGUCUUGGGUUGAGACUGCAUUUCAGGAUCAGAGUCUUGAGUUGAGACUGCAUUUCAGGAUCAGAGUCUUGAGACCGGGUCUCAGGAUCAGUGUCUUGGGGUGAGACUGCAUCUCAGGAUUGUAAUCUUGACUCUGAUCCUGAAAUAACUUCUCAAACACUUACACCCAUCCCACCCUUUAUUGCUGCACUUAACGAGAUUGAAAAUGAAAAUGUAAGCGAAACGCGUUGCCGCGAAUAUAGUUUUUUUACAACGUGUGAUGACAAUGUUGGCGAAUGAUCAUGUACACACAUUAUCGAUUGUACCUUUAAUAUAAAUUCUGAGAAUAUUUCUACAACUGUGUCGAGUAUUUUCUAU